UGCUAUGAGCUGGUUCAAUAGUGAUUAGGUAGUGAUUUAGUGUGUUAUUUGGAUUUUUUCCCUAUUCUCUUGGGCUCAUGGCGAUGUUUUUAAAACUUGCUGUAUGGCCUCAUACUGCUUGCUGGUCUAUAGAAUGACCAUACCAACACAAGCUACAGAUCAGUAAUGAAAGUUGGAAACAAGGUGUAAAAACCCUGUUAAGCUUCGUAUUGAGUUAUAUGAGCUUGAUUCAGGGUUGGUUCACCCAUGCAUCAGUCUCAAGGGGCUGCCUUGUACCAGAUCACACUAAAAGGGUUGAACAUGCAUUUGCGCACCCCUGGAUACUUGUUUAUGACUACACAAGUUCCUAUUGGAGGGUUAAAUAUGUCCGAGUACUAAGGAUCUAUUACCGAUCACAUUAUUGCUCCCAAAUUAAAAUAUGCUGAUACAUUUUGUUUAUCCUUUUUCAGCAGAAGACAUUAGAGAAUUUCAAGAACAUUAUCCUAUUAUCUUCGCCACAGGUAACAAAAUGCACCGAGGAAAACGAUUCAGAGAUGUGGAGUUCCAGCAGUCUCAGGUGGGAUCUUCUUCUGCUCAGUCCAUGCGAUCCCAGCAGCCCCAGCAGCACGAGUCCGAGUCUCAGCAUGAGUUCCAGUCUCAGCAACAUCCAGGCCAGGAGGUUAUGGAUGACUUGCAUAUCCAAGAUGAACAAGGGAGAGUGAGGUUGACACGGGGUUCCUCUCGAGCACGGGAUGUGUGGCAGCUUCGUGAGGAUGAGAAGAUGGUCGUCGAAUGUAACGAACUAGGGCAGCCCAUCAAGAGGGCUGGAAGCCUUUUAUCAAGUUUCUUAGGAUCAGUUGCGCGUAGGGGUCAGUUGUGUCCGCUCAACUAUCAUAAGUGGAAUGAUAUCCUUCCUUCUUAUAAAGUUGAGCUUCUUAAAUUUGUACACGUAAAGAAUUGAAUUUAAUAUUGUUAA